AUGGGAGUUGUUUUGAGAUAUGUGAACAAAGAAGGGCGUGUGAUUGAACGUUUCCUUGCAAUUGUACAUGUGUCUGACACCACAUCUCUUUGUUUGAAAGAUGCAAUUGAUUCUUUAUUCGCGCAACACGGAUUAUCAUUAUCCAAAUUGAGAGGUCAAGGAUAUGAUGGAGCUUCAAAUAUGCGACGUGAGUUUAAUGGUUUGAAGGCCCUUAUAUUACAAGAAAAUCCCUAUGUGAUGUAUAUUCACUGUUUUGCUCACCAACUCCAGUUAGUUAUUGUUGCUGUUGCUAAGGGAAAUAUCAUUGUCAGUGAAUUCUUUGUCUAUGUCUCUAUGAUUGUCAAUUUAACUGGAGCAUCAUGUAAAAGGAGAGAUCAAUUAAGACAAAUAGAACAUGAUAAGAUUGUUACACUUUUAGACAGUGGAGAUAUUAUUAGUGGAAAAGGCAAAAAUCAAGAAACUAGUUUAGCAAGACCAGGGGAUACUCGUUGGGGAUCACACUAUCUAACAUUACUUCGUCUAUCCUCUAUGUGGGCUUCGGUGAUUGGAAUAUUGGGAAAUAUACAAGAUGAUGCCACCACUUCUGACAAUAGAGGUAUGGCCAGGGGUUUGAUUGAUAGAAUGAAUGAUUAUGAGUUUGUUUUUGCAUUGCACCUGAUGAAGUAUUUAUUGGGAAUCACAAAUGACUUGUCACUUGUUUUGCAACAAAGGGAUCAAAAUAUUGUCCAAGCCAUGAGUUUGAUUGAUACUAUGAAAUCUCAAUUGCAAGACUUUAGGGAAGAGGGAUGGCAAAUAAUUUUAGAUGAAGUCAACAAUUUUUGUGAGUUGAAUAUGAUUCCCGUGAUUGAUAUGGAAGACAGUAUAGCAAUCCGUGGCAAUGCCAGGCGCAGUCGCAGAGGUCAAACCAUCACUAAUUUUCAUCAUUAUCGCGUGGAAAUUUUUUGUGAGGUUGUUGAUUUAAUUAUACAAGAGAUGAAUAAUCGUUUCUCGGAAGUUAGCACGGAAUUGCUUAGUUGCAUAGCAUGUCUUGAUCCAAAAAGUUCUUUCUCUCAAUUCAAUGUGCAGAAACUACUCCGUCUUGCUGAUUUAUAUCCUGAAGACUUCUCAAGUAACGAUUAUUUAUAUCUUGAGUCUCAACUUCGAAAUUAUAUUUAUAAUGUGCAACGCGAUCCUCAAUUUUCAGAAGUUGGAGAUUUGGGAAGUCUUGCUCAACAAAUGGUUAAAACUGGUAAAAAUACAGUUUUUCCAUUGGUUUAUCGUCUGAUCCAGUUGGCAUUAGUUCUACCAGUUGCGACUGCUUCUGUUGAAAGAGUAUUUUCUGCAAUGAAUAUUGUCAAGACUGAUUUGCGCAACAAAAUGGGAGACGAGUGGAUGAAUGACUGUCUGGUUGUAUACAUCGAGAAGGAUAUUUUUGCAACAAUUGAAAAUGAGCAAAUAUUGCAGCGUUUUCAACGGAUGAAGACUCGCAGAAUGCAAUUGCCUCCUCUUCGUUAUUCGAGUGCAACAACUACCAAUACUUCAAGUGUUAAUCAAUAACAAA